CAACUGCUUUAAGUCAUCGUCCUCCUCCUCCUCCUCCUCCCCCAUCAACUGCUGCGUGAGGCGCGGGAGAGCGCGCGCGCGGCGCCCCCAUGGCGUUCCACUACCCGGACCACGCGCUGGCGAUGGACGCUGCUGCGGCGGCGGCGGCGGCGGAGGCGAGCGCUGGGUUUGGGUCGGGAGGGGUUGGGAUUGGCGUCGGGGGAGGGGCGGGGUGGGAGAGGGAGAAGGCGGCCAUCGCGGCGCACCCGCUGUACGAGCGCCUCCUGGAGGCGCACGUGGCGUGCCUCCGCGUGGCCACCCCCGUGGACCAGCUCCCGCGCAUCGACGCGCAGAUAGCGGCGCGGCCGCCGCCGCUGGCCGCCGCCACGGCGGCCGGGGCGCCCUCCGGCGGCGAGGAGCUCGACCUCUUCAUGACCCAUUAUGUAUUGCUCCUUUGUUCGUUCAAGGAACAACUACAGCAGCAUGUGCGCGUUCAUGCAAUGGAAGCAGUGAUGGCUUGCUGGGAACUUGAACAAACUUUGCAAAGCCUUACAGGGGCAUCUCCUGGUGAAGGAUCUGGAGCAACUAUGUCUGAUGACGAAGACAAUCAGGUUGAUAGUGAGAGCAACAUGUUUGAUGGAAAUGAUGGGUCAGAUGGUAUGGGCUUUGGCCCCUUAAUGCUGACGGAGGGUGAGAGAUCAUUAGUUGAACGUGUAAGGCAAGAACUGAAACAUGAGCUUAAACAGGGAUACAGAGAAAAACUUGUGGAUAUUAGGGAAGAGAUUCUCCGAAAGCGAAGAGCUGGAAAACUCCCGGGAGAUACAGCGUCUACUUUGAAAGCUUGGUGGCAGGCUCACUCUAAAUGGCCAUACCCAACUGAGGAGGACAAGGCUCGCUUGGUGCAGGAAACAGGACUGCAGCUAAAGCAAAUCAAUAAUUGGUUCAUCAACCAACGUAAGCGGAACUGGCACAGCAAUCCUGCUUCAUCCUCAUCAGACAAAAGCAAGAGAAAAAGAAGCAAUGCAGGUGAUGGCAAGGCCGAGCAAUCUUGGUAGAACGUGGUUGGAGAAGAAGUAUAUAUGUAAAUAAUGCAUCCAUUGUGAAGAAUGCCUAUAUAUUUAUUGCUCCCAAGAUGACCAUUCGGGCAGAAGGUUCCUGGGGCCAAUUCAUACAAAAGAAAUUAUGUAAUGUUAUAAAUUAAUCAUUUUAAUGUUAUAAUUAGUCAUGUCAGACUAAAGAGUGUAUAUGUAGUGUGACUUACCAGAGAGUAGCUUCCAUGUUUGUUGUUGGCUAGUGUGCAUUUGUAGUUGGGACGUGCUGGCUGCCUAUGGACAGCACGGUGCAAUCGUUGUGUAUGUGUUUGUAAUGCGUGGUGAAGCAUAUCUUGUCAACCCGUGGAAUGGGAGUGUUCCGCGAGCCCCAUAUGCUGCUGUAAUGCUGUAUAUUGAUCAUGCUGUAUUAUACCGUCACACCCUCAGGUUCGUGUUGUUACAAAUUAUAAACUAUAUUAUCCCUAA